AUGUCAGGAAGAGAGAAUGGAAGAGAAGGAGUCUCGGGGUCCAGGUGGGAAGGGCAACCGCAGACUGAGGUGCAAUUGCAACAGCAGCUGCAGGCGCGGCCGUGGGCAGCUGCAACAAUCCACUUUUGCAUCCUGCUCUGCUCCUGCCUCCUUCUCGUGCCUGCGUCCCUGCCUCCUGCCUUCCGUCGAAGCUCUACCUUACACACAAUACGCAAUACGCUUACGGAUACCCACCUUGAUUACCUUACUCAGGCAAACCAAGAGACAAUCGACAGCGGUGAUCCGAUCCAGCAACGCUGCUGCCUCUCGUCCAUCCGCCUCCGCCUCCGCCUCCCUCCUGCAUCGCUACCAAGACCAAGCACGCAUACGGAUACAGAGAACUUCGAGGGCAAGGCACCGACCUGCUGCUCCGUGCCUCCCAGCCUCACAAAGCUCACACCCUUCCCGGAUCCAUCAAACCCACUCACCCACCCGAAAGGACCCUUCAUCGUUCACCACCAAGUCCCACUGCGCUGCACAGCACUGCGCACAGAGACGAGGCACAAGUUUACACCCAGUCUACGGGCACGGAUACGUACCUCGCCGCCUGCUUCUGGAACCCCGGACCUUUCGAGGUUGACCCUGUGCUACUACCACCACGGCGCCGCUACCACCUACCAAGUACCAACCUGCACCUUGCCUGGACCUGGUCCCGUCAGUCUUCUCGCCUCACCUCACCUCAUCUCACCUCCAACCGCCAAAUCAACCGACUGUUGCUUGCCUCCUUCUUUCUCUCCCACAUCACCUCUCGACUGCUCCCACGUCCACAACACUUCGACCAUCACCUGUAUCGCCAUCCUCUCGUCUCCAAUCCAACGCGUCCCCAUAAGCGCCCCUGCAAUUACCGAGUCUCAAUGUCCCAGUCCUGACGCUUAUUAUUCGCUUUGCGCAGCUGGGACGCCCCGCCUUAAUCCGCCUCGCCGUUAA